AUGUCCAUCAAGAAGGAAGGCGCCCACAAGAAAUGGGCGGCCCUGAAGGAGAAGCUGGGGCCGCAGGAGACGGACCAGUCGGAGGCCAACUUGGAGAACGCGGAGCCCGAGCUGUGCAUCCGCCUGCUGCAGAUGCCGUCGGUGGUGAACUACUCGGGGCUGAGGAAGCGACUGGAGAGCAGUGACGAUGCCUGGAUGGUGCAGUUCCUGGAGCUGUGCGGGCUGGACCUGCUGCUGGAAGCCCUGGACCGGCUGUCGGGACGCGGGGUGGCCAGGAUCGCGGAUGCUUUGCUGCAGCUCACCUGCGUCAGCUGCGUGCGCGCCGUGAUGAACUCCCACAAGGGCAUCGAGUACAUCGUGAGCAACGAGGGCUACGUCAGGAAGCUCUUCCAAGCACUCGACACAACUAACGUGAUGGUCAAAAAGCAGGUGUUUGAGCUCCUGGCUGCGCUGUGCAUUUACUCGUCAGACGGCCACGCUUUGGCGCUGGAUGCCCUGGACCAUUACAAGAGCGCCAAGAACCAGCAGUAUCGAUUCAGCGUCAUCAUGAACGAGCUCGCCAACACGGACAACGUGCCCUACAUGGUGACGCUGCUGAGCGCCAUCAACGCCAUCAUCCUGGGGAAGGAAGAGCUGCGGACGAGGACGCAGAUCAGGAAUGAGUUCAUAGGGCUUCAGCUGCUGGAUAUUUUAGACAAGCUAAGGUAA